CUUUUGGUGCGCGGAAAGUCUUGCAUUUGGUGUGGGUAUUUUUCUUGUCCCGCACGGCUCAGCUCAGCAAAGCCCGCUGAGGGAUCGCGCUCGGAGGGCUGGAGUGGGCCACCCUACUAUCCUGCCACAUCUUCAAGGGUUAAAUUCACGAUUGUUGGUGAAACUUUACGCAGCUCGGAUCAAGCUUACCGCUGGAUCUCGACAUCACCAAAAACACCUUUUGGAAAAGACAAACGACCACUGACUGAUUACUUCAUAAGGGGCGACGGUUGGCUUCCUCUGGGUCUCAUGGAAACCAGGAUGAUGGACAGGUCUCUGCUGACGUUGCUCCUGCUGCUGGUGGGCUGCUCAAUCGGCUCCUGCACGGACGACAAGAACUUCAAGUUCUGUGGCAGCUGGCGCCACGGCAACAACAACCACACACUGAACUACGACCUCUCGCCCGGCUGUAAGAACUUCGCCGUGUCGGCCAAUGACAGUACACUGUCGGUGGUCGGACAGAUCACCUCUCAGUGCACCAAGUCCGGGUCCAAGUCCUUGAAGAUUGACUCGGUAGCUCUGUGGACCAAAUUCUGUGUGCACUGGGAACCUCUGAAGGACCACCUCUGGCUGGAGCUUCCCGAGCAGAAGCUGCAUGGGCAGAAAGUCACCCUAUGCGAGCCCUCGUGCACGCAGACCUGCUUGUGCCCAGAUCUGUCGCCUGAGGCAGGGAACCGGCCAGACGGAGUGUAUGGCAUCGCCAACGGCUCCAUCCGAGGAGAUCGACUCAAGGAUAAAGUGCUUACAGCCUACGUCUUCUUGGGUGAUCCCAUCAACUGCACAGGAGAGGAGCCCUGUGACAACGCCAGCCAUAGAUCCAACCAAGUGAACAUCACCAAGGGGAUCGAGAUGGGCUCUCAUGUGGUGGGUAAUGUGGACCUGCCGAAAACCAACGCCACCGUGGUGGAGAUGAAGGAGAACUUCCAGGGCUUUGACUUCAAGGCCCCCGCCCCCUACGGUGCGGACCUAGAGACCCUCCCCUCCAUCCACCUCCCCGCCUCUCUGAAACCAGCCCCCGGGAAGACAGCCAAGCUGGUGUGCACCUUCUUCAGAAACAAGACUCUGUUCCAGGAGCCAAAGAGGGAUGUGAAAAUACUAGAGGAUGUGGUGGGAAUUACCGUUGAGAAUGAGGUCAUCACUAAUCUGAGCGAACGCAUCAGGAUUGGUUUCCACCACGACGCCUUACCUAAAACCCAUUCACGAAAAUGUGUCUCGUGGGACACCAAGACAGAUCCACAGAAGGUCAACUGGAAGGAGGAUGGAUGUGUGACAGAAUACAUGGGAGCCAAGAAAACAGAGUGCCAUUGCAACCAUCUGACAUACUUCACCAUAAUGGUGCGACUGGAGCGUCGAACUGUGCCCCACCUGCUGGCCCUGACAGUCAUUACAUCCUUGGGCAACGCCGUGUCCACCAUCAGCUGUGUUGCCCUCAUCAUCUUCCUCUGCAACAAACGGAGAGUGAAGGAGCAGUCUUCCCCGGUCCACCUGGGUUUAGCCGUGUCGCUCUUCCUCCUCAACCUGCUCUUCUUCUUCACGGGGACUCUGGCCAACGUGGGAGGGGAGGGGCUCUGCCGCUGGGUGGGGCCGGGGCUCCACUACGCCCUGCUCAGCUCCUUCACCUGGAUGGCCAUGGAGGUGUUCUACACCUUCUGGAUGGUCUACAUGGUGUUUAGCCCCUCCCCCAGGGCCUUCUUCUGGUACCUGAUAGGCUUUGCUCUACCAGCUCUUCCAGUCCUCAUCCUUGUAGCCAUAGGAAACAUUUACGGUAUAAUGGAGGUGGUGCCCAGCGAUGAUCCCUCCAACCCCUACUUGAUGUGUUGGAUGAGGAACACUCCACAGGCCCUGCUGGCCCACUACCUGAUCAACAUCAGCAUGCUGGUGGGCCUGGUGUCCUCAGGCCUGCUCAUGCUCUUCCUGGUCUACUGGAAGAUCCGCACCCGGAACGAGUGGAGGCACAAGAAGGUGGCCUUCCUCAGCAUCUGGGGGCUCAGCUGUCUUUUCGGGACCACCUGGGGCCUGGGCUUCCUGGACUUUGGACCCCUCAGCACCUUCGUCCUCUUCCUGUCCUGCAUCCUCAACUCGUUUCAAGGGUUCUUCCUGAUGCUGCGCUUCUAUGUGCUGGGCUGGAUGAAGAGGCGUGAAGAGGGAGACUCGACCCUGGGAAGUAGCAGCCUGACCGGCUCUGCCAGGCAGCAGAUGCUACAAGUCCAGGAGAAACAGUAGCAAGAGAAGCCAGAGGCCUCACCACUUCACUGGAGACGAAAGGACAAAUGGGGGACAAGACCUGUGGUUCAACGACGCAUGGGCCUUUGUAUAGCCGUGCAUGUCAAUGUGGUUAAAAAAAUAAGCAGUGGUGUUGUUGGUUGGCACGCUAGAGGCGUGAGACCUUGGAGGCUCUCAGUUCCUGUGUAUCUACUCAUCUGUCAUUUUUGUUUCUGGUCUAAAUUCAUUGUGAUUGUUAGAAGUGUUUCCAUGUCACCUUUAGUUUGAGAUUCUACGCAUACAGAGUUAAGGUAUCAAACACUGGCGCUGUUAUUUCUACUGGUGGCGAGCGGGAGAAGCCCCCCCUGUGUUGUACUCCAGGAAGUAUCUCGUAGGCAAAUGAAGAGGCGGUCUGGUCUGUGACGAGGGGCUGAGGCGGCCGGCUCCUUCUUGGCCGCCAUCCAACAGUGCAGGACUGGGGCCUGUACUUCAAACAAACUAUCAGAACUGGGUUGAGUCUAGUUCAUAAGGUUUAAAGUGGUUUUAAAGUGUUUUAUGGAUAUGAAAGAAAUUCAACUGAAUUUUUUCAGGGUAAUACUCCAAAGGUGUUUUAUUUUUCAUCUUCUUAAAAACAAGCUGUGUUAUUUCAACCUCUGAUAAGCUUUUUUGUAUAUUUCCUUUCUGUUUUUGUGAUUCAUAAGACUUGAUUUUAUGCUUGAAGCAGCACUUUAGUUAUUUUUCAACAAGCGUUGUGAUGUCCCCUAGCACCUUUUCAUUCUCACUCUCUGGGACUUUGGAUUGGCAAGUUUCUGCCGACACUGAGCUGAUUCCGUCAAUUACAGUACAUUUCAAGUAUAGAAUAAUACUGUUGAAUCAAAUCAAUCAUUUCCUUUUUUAUUUACGCUGUAUAUUUUUAACACAUUUUCCAUGACUGAUGAUUUUUAUACUUGUUUUUAUAUUUGUAAUGUUGUCCAAUGUCCACAUAUUUGUGUUUUUUAGAUAAUCUACUGUACAUUGAGUGACUAUUUAUUAAUUCAGUCAUUUUCUAUAUCGUCUGAUUUCUCCACCCACCUUGUCUGUAUUUUAUUUUAGAUAUAUUAAUACAAAGCCUUAUCUGAUGGAUUCUUAAUCUGUUAAUAUUGAAGAAGCCCUAGCAGGACCCAACAUUCUAGAACUAUACUGCCUUACAAAGGCCAACCGCUGUAACUACAAUUGUGGGCAAAGUGUAGUUAUGAAUCUAAAUGAUCUUGUAGUCUAUCUAUGUUUGAUUUAGUGACAAAUUAUCUUGGUUCAAUUUUACUAUUUUUUAAGGAUAAAAGAUUUGAAAAAAUGGCAGUAACUACAAAAAAAAUACAAAACCCAGAAUGCAGAAUCUGCAACAAUGAAGAUACUGCGGACUGCCGUGGUUUUCUGUUCACCAUUCAAAGAGAUUAAGAUAUUUGUACAAGAUUAAAAUGAUGAUGAAAAGGAGGAACCCUGUGGGCCUACGUAAUCUUAGGAUAACUCGAUCAAUUGAUAGUCCAUCAAAAUAAUACUUUUUUUUUCCAUCGACUUUUUAAUCUCAUCAUUGUUAUCUUUAAUACAUAGGCCUAUACAUCUAAAUAAAAAUAAUAAGAGACAAAUGAUUCCAAUAAAUGUAUUUUUUUGUUGUUGGAAAAAACUAAACUGAUUUUCCACCGCACUUCCCAUUCAAAAAAUUUUUUAGGGAUCAAAUUCCUCUUUGGAUCAUUGUUUAUUAAUACAAUUUCCACUCAUCUGCUUACGAAACAAAUGGCUGGACAGUCAUAAAACUUUGAAGCCAUUUGUCUCAGUUUCGCCUAGUGUUUCAAUAUUGACACCCUAAUAGUUCGCCUUUAGGGCAGUAUGGACCAGCAUGUCUUCACUGUGAAGGGGUUAAGUGAUCCUGGGAUGUUGGCACUUUUUUGGUUGUUCAGCGAUUCUUUAGGAUAUCUCAUUAAUAGGCCUAUGGCUUGUUUUGUGAAUGUGUGGGCUUAUUAACAUGGUGCUUUGAUAAAAUAAAUUCCUUAUGGUGGUUGCGUAAUACCA